AUGAAUCGCCAACAGCGGCCGGUCCUCAAAAACGGCGUCGAUCUCCAGCUCCAGUCCGCCUUUAACGAUGGCAACUGGGCUGUCGUGAUCCGCCUGGCUGAGAAGCGAGCUCGAACGUUUAAUGAUCAGUAUUAUGAGAUUGUCAAAAUAUGUGCUGAAAGCCAGCUCGAUGACCCCAGUGCCAAGUUUGCUGCCGUGACGGCCAUCGAUAAGUUCGUCAAGGAAGGGACCGUUGUGAAGGACGUGGACGGCAUUGAUCUCCUUGAAUGGGCAACGCAGGGCCUGACGACCGAGGAUGAGUUCUCUCAGACUUUGGGUCCUUUGAGGGCACGCCUCGUCAAGGCUUCGCCCAAGGAUAGGGUUGGCGCCAGCCGGUGCUUGGAGUCUUGUUUGCUGCAUUGGGACUUGAUCAGUGCCCAACAGACUAGUCCUCAAUCGCCACCCGAGAAGAAGAAGCUAUACGGUAUGCUCGCGUUGAAACAGAUCCAGCGUGCUGCACAGCUAUCCGAACAGGCCGCAAGCGCUGAGGGGGACGAUGCCAAGCCUCAACCGCGAAGUGUGCAAACAGAGGAGGAGAUCUUGCUACUUUAUGACAUUGUAGAGAAACAUGGCUCAGAAGGAGAUUUUGAGAAGCUUGUUUCCAGCCCUGUCUUUUGUCCACUUGUACAAUUCCGAAAGGGCCGAAAGGAGCUCUUCUUGAGAGUCAUUUCGAAACACCAGCGCCAAGGAGACCAUGAAGCCAUUUACCAAACAUGCAAGGAUUGCUUGUCGACAGAGGACGAAAAUGGUCAACCGAACCUUUUGGGAGCGGAUUGGAAGGUCUGGAAACACUUUAUUGAUGCGGCUGCACAGGUAAAGACUGUGAAACCAGACAUUGAGGAGACUGUUCAGAAACUCCUUUUGAAGUUUAUCAAAUCACCCAAUUUGCGCCCCAUCUACAAGCGGAUCAUCUUGUUGGCGCGUGUCGCUGCAGCCUUCAACCUUGCAUCAAAUGACAAAGAUGAUCUUGCCGAUGGCGAGCCUGCAUCUUUCCGACUCAAAGAGCUGAUCAACUACAUCAAAGACCAAGGCAUAAACGCAGCCUGUUUCGACGAUAUCAAGACCUUUGUUGAGGUGCUCAACCCACCUGCUUUGUCGUAUCUCGCCUAUGACUUUGUUCCCAAGCUGGCAGACGAGAUGGAGGACGAACUCAAGUCGGCCAGGAUACGAACCCUUUCUUUCAAGUUGCAAUACUUCGCAGCUACUUGUCCUUCCAUGUACACCAACGUGCCUGGAGAGAAACCUCUGAGGAAAUGUGUGGUUACCGGCGUCGAGGUUGACGCCAGCUCACCAGCGCCUUGUUUCAAGACAAUCGCCAAGGAUGCGCUGGAAGUGUACAAAUCGUUGGCCGAACUGACAGAAAAGCAUCCAUCCGUUGAGGGCGAGAUCAAGCCAGAGCUGUCGGUUAUUAUCGCUCUCUGCAAUAUCCAGCUGGCAUUCCCUCCCUCAACAGAGAUAUCCAACUCCCCAAUCUCUUUUGCACCACUUCUCCGUGCUGUUUUGCUACUAGAGCACCAGCUUUCCUUGACGCCCAAGCAUGGAAUCACCUCACUCCUUCUUGUGCAGCUACACCUCCUCACGGGCUCAUCGCCGCGAGCGCGUGAGAUCUGGGAGACACUUGGUGUUAAACGCACCAUCAUGGACUCCCUCGGCCCCAUUUUCUACGACCGCCUAUCUACCCUCUCCCCGGCCCUGAUUUCCCCAUCCGAUAACUGGGGUUGGGAUCUCAUGGAACUUCUUCAAUCUCACUUUAGCGUGUCUUUGAAGCUUCGCAUGCCCAGGCGGUUGAUUGAUGCCUUUGAGUCAGGCAGCUACAGUAGCGUUAUCGACAUUCCUCAGUAUAUUGAGGAUCUACGAUGGAGUUGCACCCGAGCGAUGAGCUUGGUGGAGGAGACUAGAACUGAGAGACUUCUGGGAGAGAAUUUCUCAGAGGUUCUUAUCGACCCACGUUUCGUCGAAGUGACUGAUGAUACCCAACUUGUCGAGACCAUCGACUAUGGGUCUUUCCCCUCGUGGGAUUGCAGCUCUCAACCGCCUGUGUACUCUCGCCUUCGAGUUGGUCCUGCAUUAUCGAACCGUCGUGCCCAUCUGUCGCUUCUCGCCGAGGCAUUCCACGAAGUGCUCAGCUACAAGCCUCCAGCGAUUUACAAGGCUUCAGCGGCAGCCGCGAUACCCGACCAGAUCUUUGUGCUCGAAACGCUGAGCCAGCUAAGCAACUCGUUCACCAAGUUCCUGCAGAGCCCCAAGAAGGAUGUCACACCCCAGGAGGCGACCUACUUUGAGGUCAUUAGCCUUCUGAGCACGCUUAUUCCCUUUGUCACGAGCAUCGGCAAAACAAAGACUAUCCCUGAAGAGUUUGCACAAAUUACGGACACUCUCAGCAUCGCUCUCGACACCCUCAAGCUCGACAUAACGGAUCCAUCCAAUAUUUCGAAUCAGGUCACUGCCCUGAGCACGCUUCACUCCCUCGCCAUCCUCCGCGACACGGCCGGCGCAAUCAAGGCCAGUGCCAACUGGAUCAUUUCCUUCAACGACCGCGAAAAGGAGCGCGACCGCUUAGGCAAGAGUUACCUGCCUAAGGAGGUCAUGGCCAAAAUCAAGGACCUUGUCACUGCCUCAACAGCCGCUCUCAAGGAGGGCAAAGACUGUGUAGACAAGCUGAAGAGCCAGGUCAUUGGCAGAGACUUUGAACCAUCGGUGAGGAGAUGGGUCUUUGAGAAUGCCGAUGAUGUAUUGGAAGUUGUGGGAGAGGGGGCCACAGGAAAGCUCGUCGGGAGCUGGGAGACGAACGUCAAGGGAUGGAUGCACGUUCAAUGGAGUUAG